AUGCUCAAUUGCGCCGCCGGAAAUGCAGACAUUCGUAUCGAAACCGACAAAAAAACAGGCCGCGGGCGCGGGAGCAGCCCUACUAUCGAUGCCCUCCCCCUUCAUCACGGCACGAACGGCGACGACGGCGCGAAUGGACACCCGACUCUGCUCGCUGAACCCCCUCACCCGCCGUCCUCGACCGCACACGCCGAUCUUCCCUCUGUCGCCGCCUUGUCCUUGAAGGACGACGCGGUCGACAGCCCGGUCGAGCAGGAGCUCCCGGAUACGCUUGCACCGACUGCGGCUCCUCCUGCGGGCGCUGGAAAGCGUAACAACCUGGAUGAGACUGCGGGCAAGCCGCGAGGCGCUAGCCGAACCGAUCUCGCCUACUGCUACCCUCCCCCUCCCUUUGGCGACUCCAGCUCCGGCUCUCUCGCCUACCCUCCCGCAACUCCUCACCUCACCCGCGCACCCAUCGAGAUCGCCACACGCGACUCGUCUGUCGGACGAGGCGUCUUUGCGACGGAGGACAUUCCCGCUGGACAGGUCAUCGAGAUCAGUCCGGUCUUGGUCUUGAGUCAGGAGGAGUACAAGGGUCGGAAGGAGGGCGCAGAGGACGACGGCGUGCUCAAGGGUGUCGAGGCGAGUCAGCUGCGCGGAUACGUCUUCACUUGGGGCCGGGAUGGCAGUAUGGCUGUUGCGCUGGGAAUCGGCUCCCUUUUCAACCACUCUGCCUCGCCAAACGUCACCUACUCGCUCGACUAUUCGCAGUACACAAUCUCGUACCGCACCGCCAAGCCCGUCCAGCGCGGCGACGAGCUCCUCAUCUUCUAUGGCCACUCGGUUCGCUUCUCCCAUUCAGACGCUGCUGCACCUCAAGAUGCGCAAGUCGAAGACGUGGAGACGGCCGAAGACGGCUGGGGCGGACUCGGAAACCUCGACUCGUUCGAUGGCAAGCUCGAACAGGCGGACGACGACCGUGCGCGCCUCGCGCACCUCAAGAGUUUGACGCCGGAGCAGCUCGCAGAGAGGGACGAGGAGGUUGUCGGUCCGCACGAAGCCGAGUUCCCGUGGCGAAAGGUGACGGAGAUCAUCGACCCGGAAGACGCAGAACUCUCGCUCAUGACCUGCUACGCCAUCGACCUCCCCGCACGCUGCGCCGGCGCCGUCUUCCAGUUCGUCCGCAAGCACAGCACUCGCAACAAGAACGAGCUGAGCCACCUCAAGCGCGUCCGGCCGAUCGAGUCGUCCCGCUCGUCCAGUCCCGUCGAGCAAGACCGUCCAAGCGACAAUGCCGAGGAGAGCGACGGCCGCAGUUCGCAGUUGAGUGAGAGGCGCCGUACCACACGGACGGAUCCCGAUAGCUACCAGUCUAUCCUCCUCUUCCCCGUUACGAGCGCCCCGUCGAACCUCGUCGACCUCCUCACCGCCUCACCCGUCGCGGACAUUCUCGGCUCGACCCCGGUCCCGCCGCUUUACACUGUCGAAGUUCCCGCCGAGGCGGCGCACACGGAGCAGCAGGCGGAAGAGUGGAGCAAGGUCUGGCCUGUCACGAUUGUGCAUAUUCGUGAGGGUGCCAAGGCGACGCGGAAGAAGAAGGGAUGGGAGAAAGCGAAGCUCGAGUGGGUCGAGCAGCAGGCGAGGAAGGUGUGGGAGCGGGCGGAAGAGGCCGGGCGGCAGGGCGAGCACCCGAUUGCCUGCCGAAUCACCGACUCGUGGUCCUCCCCCUUCCACAACUCGCUUCGCCCUCCGGUCUCUCUCGUCACAGCGCACGACACUCGUCUCUCAACUGGCAACGUGCUCACGCACGCCGCUUCGAACGCAAUCGACGCAGUCGCCUACCUCGACCUCCAAGGCGGCCGACCCCCUCCCUCCGCUUUCUGCCCCGACUCUGCCCAACCGCCUUACCUCCUCACAGGCCUCACCGUCUUCCUCUCGCACGAACCGUGCCUCCUCUGCUCCAUGUCCCUCCUCCACUCGCGCAUCAAGAACUUGUUCUUCAUCAAGCGUGCGCCGGGUGCGGGCGGGUGCGGCAGCUUGUACAGCGUGCAUGAGGAUGGGGGGUUGAAUCACCGAUUUGAGGUGUGGGAGUGGAAGGGCGGGAGGGACGGAGGCAUUGGAGUUGGUGCGGGCGAGAACUUGAAAUUGGAUCCCUAG